AUGGAUCUUCACACUUCCACAUCUCCAUACACUGUACGAAGUAAAGACAAACCGUAUCAAGCGCCUUUCGGAACACUUAUACACAUCACUCAUCGACCAGCUCAACAACAUCACUUCUCUUCCGCCAUCAUGGCAGACUACAUGACCCUCCACGCGUCUGCCUACCCUCCAGCCAGCUGGACUUUCCUCACAUACCGUCAGUCCAAGCCCUCACGGACCUCCAACAAUGAGCUCUGGACCGAGAUGACCAGUCAAUACGAGCUGUCCAUGGCAAAGCGACAACGUAUCUUCACCAGCAACUACCUUUCAAAAACCGCCACAGAAGAAAACGUACACAAGAUGAGAUCCGACGCCCUGAGAUUACACCGCCAACGAAUUGCGAUCGCAUUCGAGGACGCGGCAGAUGUCGUGGACAUCCUGCAAACCAGACACCGGUUCGUCAAGAAUGUGGAUGAGCUAGCGAAGAACCCCAUGAAAACCAUACCAGAAGAGGACGAGUCCGGUGCCACUCACUCCCGACGCCAGCCGACUGAGAAAGAGUUGCACGAAAUCAAAGAAGCCAUACUCAGAACGAAAAAGUACGAAUCGCUACAAGGCACCGACAAGAUCGAGAGGACUUUCAGGACGCGGCUCAUGGAGAUCUACUCCGCCUACCAUACCUUCAUCUGCACUCCUGUCGGCAAACACCCCCGCCCAAGAUGGGCCCAGAUCUGUCGCAUGGACAAUGAAGUCACCACUCAUGUUGCCCGAGUUGCCCAUGCCCAGCAGCAAUUGACAUCCGACGUCGCCCAGCUGAGAAAGUUUCUGCGUGAGCAGCUUUUCGAUCAAUACUGCUUGAUGAGAGUUACCCCGAUGGAGGAGAAGGACGAGACUUGGUUACAGUAUGGAAAAUGUCUCCUUUCGGGGCACGAAAUCGAGUAA